AUGGCUAUGGAAAACGGCAACAUAGCUACCGACUUGGAAGACCGCUCGUCCACCCUGCCCUACAACCCGACCGCUUCGUCCUCUUCGACCGGCACGAGAGAGAGCGGAACGCCGCUGAUAUCGACGACAUCGACACGAUCUGCACCGAUGAUGGCUCGGAUGGAGUCCGCAGCCCGUGGCGGCCACUCGACGCCUUCUGAGGCUCGCAUGUUUGGACACCCGCUGCAGGAUUCGGCCUUGCCACGCUCGCUGCCGUUGUUGCCGUCAUACGAGAGACAGUCAGACCGCGUCCACCCCUUGUCUGCUUCACCGCCCGCGCCGCUCGAUUUUUACUCCUACUCCAUGGCGAUGCUGCAAUACACGCAGACACAGCUGGACGCCACGCCCGAUACACCGCCGCCGCCCUCGCACAUACACGUGGCUGGGCCCAUCAGCUACCGCCAGCGUCGGAGCCAAGCACACUACCAGCAGCAGCAGCAGCAGCAGCAAGGACGACGUGAACAAGUCCAUCGUCACCACAACAAUAGUCAACAAGCGUCUCCAUCUGACGAUUCGGCCACGACAUACGCUGGUGACGCUACGGCUUCUUCGGACACGAUUUAG